GGGGGUUGGGACCUAUCUGUCGAGAAAGUGACAGGAGCGCGAGGGAGAAGCUUGCGCAUGUGAGCUGGGCUCAGAUCGGACCGUGAAAGCAGCACGAAUGAACCGAAGGCCCGUUGGAGGACAAUGUGCAAUGAGGGUCCGUGGCAGUUGACGAGCAGCUGAUUCCCCCGCUCGGUCAGACACGAGAGCACGGGAAGUACGAGCUCCCGUCACGUCGCUGGUGAUGGUGAUGGUGAUGGAAUCGGAAAUCCACUGCCCUCCUCUCUUGCGCGGUCGGUGUCUGCCCCCUCUGGCAGCAACGCCGAUCGCCGUCGUGAUUACUCGCGCUCUUAUUAGUCCUGCGCUCUGGUAUUAAUUAGAUCGAUCCAUCGAUCGAUGGCGGGCUGGCUGGCUGGCCGCCUGGCUCGAUGCUUAGAUAGGCGCUCGGUCGGUCGCUCCGAUGGACGAAUGCGCAAUUUAAUGUAGAAGUUAGUAGCGGCAACGGCACGCUUUGAACGAUUAAGGUAACGAUAAAUUAGACGGCAGUAUCGGCCGAGGCAGCGACGGAGCGGAUUUGCGUACAUAGUACGAAUUGAAAUUGGGAUCACGAGUACGACCAUUUAGGAGCGGUUUGGACACGGCCAAAGCGUGACGAGCAGGAGCAGGAGCAGGACGAGUUUUAGGUUUAGGAUAAAGUGGAGAAGAAGAGGAAGAAGAGGAUGGCGAUGCCGCGGGGGAUUAUGGUGCUCAGGGACAGGAGGGACCGAAUUUUAAUCCAGCAGCAGCAGCAGCAGGGUCUUGGGCUGCCGCCGGGCCCCGGGUGCCCGCCUCUGCACCCCGGCCUCUUCAACCGCCCGCCCAAUCGCUUCGACGGCGAGGACGACGAGUUCGCCCGAAUUCUGCCUCUCCCCGGGGCCGUAGUCUGGGACGGGCUCCAGCAGCUCCAGCAUCAACAUCAACAUCAGCAGCAGCAGCAAGCGCUGGCUGGUGUGAUGCUGCGGCGGAGGAUGAAUGCGCAGCACAUGCAGCAGCAACAGCAGCAGCAGCACCUGAUCCCUGCGGCCAUGCUGCACGCGCAGCAGCGGGCCUGCCAGGUCCAGGUGCAGGUCCAGGUCCAGCCGCAGGAGUGGGACGGAGGGCCAUCGCAUCCCGCGCAGGUGGUGCACGAGGCCAUGAGGCGCAGGACGGCGGGCCUCGUGGUCGAUGGCGACUUCCUCGCCGGGCUGCGGCACCGAGAGGAGAUGAGCGAUCUGCGCAACGCCGAGCAGCAGCAACAGCAGCACCUCAAGCUCGCGUCUAGGGUAUCGCACGAGAAAAUGAUGGCAGAGAGCGAGUACCUGCGCAUCGCCUCGCGCGCCUCGCACGAGAAGCUCAUCGAGCGCGACCACCAACUGAAGAACGCGUAUCGUGCUUCCCACGAGAAGAUCAUCGCCGAGAAAGAGUAUUUGAAGAAGGUGGUGGUGCGCGCGCCUCUGCCCCAGCCCCAGCCCCAGCCCCCGCCUCUGCCCCUGCCCCUGCCGCUCGCCCAUUCUUCGCUCGGCGAGAAGCCCCUCGAAGGCGAGCCCCGCCCCUCUCCCGUGGCGGACAUGGCUAGGCCCUUCCGCAACCCCCCGCUGCAAGCCCUCGAUCCCCACUUCGCCUGCUGGGACGAGGGCGCCAUGCGGGACUCGGAUCUGGUGAUCCGCUACGGAGCCCGGCAGUCAGCAGCCGCGCGGGCGCAAGAGGGCGCGGCCGAUGCGUCCAUCCCCCCGGGGUUCCAGUCCGUCAUCAUGUCGUGCAAGCGCCCCAGGGACGAGGACGGCGAGUUCGAUCGGCCCCAACGGCUGCAGCACCAGCGCCCGCGCCGGCCCCCCGACCCCGAUCUGCAGCCCCAGCCGCAGCCCCAGCAGCAGCCCCAAGCGCUCUACGGCAGCUCGCGCUUCGUCGACGAGGACCACGAGGAGGGGCAGGUUACCCCUCCGCAAUCGAGCAUCCCCGCGUACCACCGCGCGGAACCCCUCGGGCCGCCGGGAUUCUAUCGACCCGAGCUCGAAGCCGCCUCUCGUCGCCUUACCCCUACCCCUGCCCCUGCCCCUCCGUCUCAGGAGCCCCCGUCCGCCAUCGCUCCUCCGUUCCAGGACGGGCGAGAUCCGUUGCUGCUGCGACCGCGGUCGAGCGCCUCCAGACCUCCAGGGGCUUCGAGAGCAUCGUCGGCAGGAGGAGGAGCGGGCGGAGGGAGCGAUGCGGGGCUCCCGUCGAGGCCGUGCUCGAGCAGGGGGGUUGGGGUUGGGGCUGGGGCUGCAGGGGCUAGAAUUCUGGUCGUCGAAUCUCCUCCUCCGUCCCGCAGAGCGCUACCGCCACCUCCGCCCCCGCCCCUGCCCCUGCCCCCGGCCCCGCUCUCUUCCAGACUCCUAUCGAGCCUCGACUCUCCCACGCGACGGCCUCCUUCGCCGACGAGCUCAUCGAGACCGGGACGGGAUCUCGAGUCGUUCCUGGGCGCAGGGCCAUUCAAGGGCGAGAUUCUCGUUCCCAAGCGAGAACGCAAGGACGAUCGAUCGAUCGAUCAGCAGCAGCAGCAGCAGCAGCAGCAGAGAUUGUCUUUCGGCGGGGUGGAAGCCAAUGCAUCCGAUGCGUCGCAUGUGCGGCGGAGAGCGGGCAAGGAUUCGGACCCUCGCAGCAGCAGCAGCAGCAGGCAUGCGGAAGCGAGAGCGCUGGAGAGAGCCGAGCGGGCGGACAGGGAUUAUGAAGUCAGCGAACGCAGGAAGAGGCCUCACCGCCACCACCACCACCACCAUCAUCACGACGAGGAGCAACUGCAGGAGAGGGCUGUUAGGCAUCACUUUUCUACGAGGAAGUCGAGGAUUCUCCCCGAUCCGGACGGGCGACCAUCGAAAGGCUCGAGGUUGGACGAUGGCCUCAAGCUCAAGUCCGCAAGACAUGCCGCAAGCACGGCCAAGGACGGCCGCGAGGCCCGCGAGAUGACCAUUUCUGUGCAUAAACACGGCCAGCGCACCGUGAAAGUCGAGGAUUCUUCCAAAUCGCGAGCCCAUGUCGGUCGCCAUUCGCACCAUCAUUAUCAUGAACGAGCAGGGCUCAGAGACGGAGGAUCGGACUCCGCGAUUAAGGACAUAGAGCGUUUGAGUGAGAACAGGAGUAAGGAGUGUGAUCAAUUGUUGUUGUCGUCGUCGUCGUCGUCGUUAGCAGGCCAGGAUAGAGGUUUAGUCGGGUCUCAAUUGUCCAAGGAGCCCGGCAAUUCUCGGCACUCUCGUGGCUCUUCUCCGUCGCCUCAGGAGCGGCAGGCUCUGCUGCCCCCGCACCAAAUCAAAAAAGAAAUCAUUCCUCUGAGCGACGCCCAUGGAGAGCCCGAAUUGCGCCCGCGCGCUCCAGUUUUAUCUCGGCUGAGCACUCCCAAGCCCCCCGAUUCUUCUUUGGCCCCCAAGCCUCGACUCAGGGCGGAGAUGCUCGGCCACGACAAGAAUAAUAGCAAAGCUGUAUUAGCGAGCGCCAGCAGUGGUGCGCCUCCUCCUCACACGACCAAAAGUGUCGGUGGGAAGGUGAAAUCCGAUCGUCUUGUUGUCGUGGACGGCGGCUCCGAGAGGCCUCUCGUCUCGAAGCAAGUUGUUGCCAGUUUAGGGGCAGUCGUCGUCGUCGAAGAAAAGACCUCGACCACGCCCACAAGUUUACGAACUCUUUCAGGAAAGGCCGGCAAGGUUCAAGCGACGAGGGAGGAGCUAAAUUCCCAGCUCAGUGCACGAUUGUUAAAGCUUCAGAUCCCCGACGGCUCCAAAGGGGACUCGGACGAGGCUGUGCAGACGAGGUAUCCCUCGAUUAGCAUUUCUCCAAAUGGUAUCAAGAAUGUGUAUUCGCCCCUUCAGAAAGUGGGGCCUUCGGACAAUCUGCUGCGAGACUCCAGGAACAUCAUGAUGCACAAAGCUGCUGACAAUCUGCAGCUGCGCCUGGAGGGGCCUGGAGGUCUGUCCACGGCCGAUCUGUUGGCUCCCUCUGCUCCUGUGACAGCCACUGAUCUCUCUAUUGAAGUUACCGAGCAGUCUCCUGGUUGCAGACCCGCACCGAAAUUGAUCUUCACUGGGCACAAGUCCGACCAAAGCUCUAAGGAAGCUUCUUCUCCUCAGGCCGACCUUCAAUUGAAGGAGUUUCCUGGGCUGGUAGGGCCGAGAAUUUCAGAAUCAGCGAAAAUGUCUUUGGAAAAGCCCGAUUGCAGGAAAUGUAUUGCACCUAUGUUGUCGAAAGUGCCCCUAGCUGACACUGCACGGAGGCUUGAACUCACAGAGGCAAGGAACCGGACGUCUCAGUUCAUCGUUGCUCCCGAGGGGUCGCCCGGUUCUCCUCAAUGGAACGUGUUCGAGAAUAAGAUGAGAAGCUUUGCCAAACAUUGUGAAACUCUUAGAAAGCCGAGCGCCGGCCCAAGUAUUCUGUCUAUGUGCUUACCUUCUGUACAACCUGUCAUCAAGUCUUUACGUGAGCCGGCUGAGCUCGCCGAGUUUAGUCAAGCGCUCUCAUUAUCUACUACUUCUGAUGUAUCUGGAGUUUUCGAAAAAGAAAAGGAAGUUCGAAACCUUGCGAUCGUAAAUCACUUCCGAGGGCACGAGGAGGAGAAAGCAGAAUUGACCCUGGUCACACCAUCCGCACCGAAGGAAGUUCGACUUUUUGGAGCAAAUUUGGUUGCGCCAGUAUUGGAACGGGUUGAGCCUUCAUCAAAGACCAUGGAUGCUGUUGUGAAGCCUGUGAAGCCUGCUGAGCCUGAAAUUCGCACGGUUUUAGCCGUGGCAGCCGCAGCAGCUGAGGAUGUGCAGCCUGCCGAUCCUUCACAGCGGAUAAAGGAACCAGCUGCGCCUCAAGACACGGCCGUGGCUCAGGCUGCCGAGGCAGUUUCAUGUAUGGGAACUAUUGAGGAAGCAGUGCACGCAAAAAAUUUAGCGGAAACUAAAGAACAAUCAUCUCUCUCACUUGAGGAUCCACAAUUAGCCGAUCCGAUUGCACCUCAAGAUGCUUCCGAGGUGCAAGCUCAGUCUAGUGAAGUAAAUUUACAGCAGGAAAAACAGGUUGUGACAGCAGCACCUCUACCAAAGGGUGCGCCUCCUAUAGUUCGACAGCAAAGCUCAUCCCGUGUAGCUGGAGCUCAUACAUGGCUGCGAUGUGGUGGUACCUCUAGCGCUACGCCAGCCAACUCAGUGAUGGGAUUCAGGAGCACCCCUUCAGCCACUGGCGGAGUCCCUCAACCUGCUGUUGCUAGAGGCAGAGGUACUCAGGGAGCUGCGUAUGUCCGUAAAGGUAACAGCCUUGUAAGAGCGCCAGGAGCUGUCACUUUGCCUUCGGGAGCUCCUCCUCCCAGUAUGCUUGGACAGAUGAGGCCUACGAUGGUCAAUCAGGGUCCAUCCCAAAAGCCUCCUAUUUUCAGGAAUACUUUUUUUCCAACUCAUGACAAUGCGAAGAGUUUGCAGCCAGCUCUCAGAAAAUCCUUGGUUCCUUCAUCUGAGAGUGCUGGCGCUAUUGCACCUGUGCCCAGGUCUGCCAUUGUACCCAGUGGUGGCCUUUCCCAGGGCAACAAUGGGCCUGUCUCAGAAACAGGCAUUUCUUCGGGUAGGCCCAAAACUCCACCUCAAGGUGCGUUAGGGGUCGGAUCUCUUAUGAAAACAGGUUUUGUAUUAUCAGCAUCUACAUUGCCGCAAAUUGGAACAGGCUCAAGACUUCAAAUACCUGUCGGUGACGACUUCGGUGAUAAUAUAGCAGAAGCGAGUAACACGUCCCCCGGCGCUAAGACGCUUCCCGUGGUUAUACCGAGCAAUUCUGUUAAUCUCCUUCCUGGACCGAACAAUAUGGUGUACGUCCGUAGGAAAGCAAAUCAACUUGUUGUCGCUCCGUGUCCACAACCUGUUGACAUGUCGCUUGCAGAAAAUCAAGCUGCCAACAAGCAGCUCAUGCCAGACUUAUACAUCAAGAGAAAAACCAAUCAACUGGUCCGAAACAGUGUUCUCAAAGGAAAUGGAAAUUCAAGUUUCGUACAGGCUCUUCUUGGGAAUGGGCCGCCAAAGGAUCUCACAGAGCAAGGGAGCCGUAAUUCCAUUCUUUACAAGAAAAUGAGGCUGGGCAGAGUGUUGAGACAAAAAAAAGGGCUUACAGGGCGUUCAUCCUGGGUAUGGACAUUAAGCGGUGCAACCGUAAGUCAUGACUUGGAUACUAGUAGUGGGCAUGUGCGGAAACCAGCACCAUCGUUGUUUCCUUGGAAGAGGCACAGCCUCACGACCAGUAUCAGGUCACGCAGAAACAGAACUCUGCCUGAGGGAAAGAAAGGCUCUCUGCUGUUUGUCAUGAGCGAAAGAUUGCGCAGAGUGCGUCCAGUUCAGCCUGUAUAUACGCGCUCAGCGGAUGGGUUCUCAUUACAUCGAUCAGGUGUUAUGAGUCUCGGUGGUGGCAACUUGAAAUGGACAAAAUCUCUGGAAAAACGUGCGAAGCUUGCUAGCGAGGCAGCGACAAAGGCCGUCGCAGCAGCGGAGAGUAGGAAAAGAGAGAAGAAAGAUGCUGUCGUUGACGCCGUGGUUAAAGCGAAAAGCGAUAGAAGGGUCACCCGCAAGGCUGCUAAAGGUGCCGGGGAGCGUAUUGUAUGGGUUGGACUAGUAAGAUACAAGAUGGAUGCGUCUUCCAAAACGCUGCAGCGAAUACCUGAUACUAAAGAAGAAUCUGAAACAGCUAUGUCAUCUGGACCCACGAAAACUUUACCCCUCUUGACUCCAAGACGGUCUUACAUCGGAGGGACUGUCUACUUGAGAGUUGGGAAUGGCAAUCAGCUUGUUAGAGAUCCAAAAGCUGCCAGUCAAGCUCUGGCUAGUGAGAAAGUGCGGUGGAGUCUGCAUCAUGCAAGGUCUCGGGGUGCCAAGAAACAACAGUAUUGUCAGUUUUUCACUAGAUUUGGUAAAUGCAACAAGGAGAAUGGCAAGUGCAUUUACAUUCAUGAUCCAGACAAAGUCGCCGUGUGCACGAAAUUUCUCAAAGGAAAUUGCACUGAUGAACAGUGUCUGUUGACUCACAAGGUAAUACCAGAACGUAUGCCAGAUUGUUCCUUCUUUCUUGAAGGUCUAUGUACAAAUGAGAGCUGUCCUUACAGACAUGUGAACGUCAAUCCCAAGGCUCCUUACUGUGAUGGUUUUCUUCGAGGUUACUGCAAAGACGGGGAGAAGUGCAACAAGAAACACACGUAUGUGUGUCCCACUCAUGCAGCUACAGGAGAGUGCUCUGAUCAGGCUACUUGCAAGUUUCAUCAUCCCAAGAAGAAAGGGAAGGUCGAAAUAGCAAUAACUCGAAAACUAGGCCUUAAGCGCAAGAGAAGAUAUUUUUGUUCCACUGACUCAGAAACUGGUGGAAAGUCAGUUAAUGAAAAUUGUGCUGCUGCUAGUUCGGUACCUGAAGACGACCUUCCUGUCAAGGAAGAGAAAGUUGUCGACGAGGAACUCGCAGAGUUUAUUAGCCUUGCCAAUACAGAAGAACAAGACGGUGACACGAAGGUGUCUCCUGAAACACAGAAGCCAUGGUCUUCUUUCACGAGGCCAGGAGUUCCUUCGUUUAUCAGAAAAGAAACUGUCGAAGAGGAAUCAGGAUCGGCAGAAGAAGUCGAGCGGUGGAUCAAACCAACUUUCUUGUUCAAGGUGACAUCACCCGCCGCUAGCUGACUUGUAUUAAUCAUGUUUUACCAUAGGCCAAGCCCUUUUUCUGCUUGGCUUGUGCCCAAGCAGCGACAGCGGCCUAUGGAUCGGCUUUACUAGGAGUUGUGUUAUCCAAUUACUUCAUACGUUGGUAUCACCAACAUAAUGUGGGCCGCAAUAUGAGCUUCCUCAGAUGGAUCAAGCCUACAUCCUGUUGAGGGUCAGUGCCCUAAUUCAUGGGAGAAGUGAAACCCUCGGUGUCCUCUCGAUAUUUCUUCCGGAGAGCUUGUGUACCAUAUUGUUCAUGUCUUAUACACGAACUUAUAAUCUUCACGAGAAUCCUGUUAUUAGAAGGAUUACAGUAGGUUCAACGGUGAGCAGAACAGGAUUUGUAGCUGCUUCACCUUUCGAAGCUUUCAGGAGCCAAGUACAGUAUAUAUUGUGUAGAAAGAAAUUGCGUAGAAAAUCAUUGCUUUCAAGGUGUCAAAGCCUUAAGGUCAUUAGAGGACCGAGAGUUAGUUUGACUUAGUUAACUUUACAGUUGGUAGAUUUUGAGAGGGAUCCAACACAGGACAGUCACACGGCAAAUGGCAGCUAGUAAACUUAUCGGUAGUGAGGAAUAUGAUUGUUUCGACUUCUGAUACGAAGUCAUCUUAUGUGCUUCAUUAACUUUUUGCAUCUUUGAAUCUAAAAGAAAUGUCGGACUUUUCACU